AUGUCUACCACAUAUACGACUCAUAUCCCUCUCGAGGUGCUACAGGCAUACGCAGUGAAGCAUUUCCUCAAAGAUUUCGCCAAGCUCCCGCCGCAUACAAACUGCAAGACGGAAAAGUUUGGAGACCAGUUCAAGUUGCGGGUAGGUGAAGCACGCGCCAUUAGCAAGUUCUCCAAACCCUAUCUCAAGCCGGAGCCUGUUUAUGCCGUGGUGGCCGGGAGCGGAUUUGAACUGCGGAGGGAAGACGCAACCAACAGUGUCAUCUCACCACACAACGUUGUCUUCGAUGCACCAUUCUGUUACUUGUAUCCGCAUGGCGUACCCUACUUUUCAGUGCGAGAUCUGCACAUUGUACUCCGCUACUAUUUCGAGUCGUUUGGCCAGUCGGUACCUGUCGACCCGGCUCGUUCUGAAUUCCUGCUAUAUGCACAGCAGCUUCGGAGUGCGUGUGCCAAGAUUGCAGAUGGGCAAGCAACAGGCACCGAGGAGAGGGAAAGCAUUGCAGAAGCAGAGAAAUCCGACAUCACCACGUUUGAAGAUCAGCUGCAGCGUAUGCAUGCUUGUUACGAAGCUUUCAAGGUACAAGCGCUCAAAGAUGAGGUAGCGCUUGGAGAGUUGGAGCUUCGAGAACAGGAAUCAAAGUUGGAGAAGGAAAAACUUGAAUGUAAGUUGAACACAGAGUUGAGGAGGGCUAAGGAGGAAGCCGUCAUGUGGAAGAGCAGAUAUGAGAGGCUUAGAGAGGCUAUCUUCGCCAGUCUCGGUACUGUGGAGUCGGACAAGGUGAACUGA